AUGCACGUUUCUGCAAAGGAAUGGAAGCAUCAGAACGACAGUCGUCAAGAUACACAGGCAUGGCAGGCACCUGCUCUGGCCGAAACGCCCCCUCCAAAAACAGAAGAAGCCGCGCCCCCAGAAGCCAUGACCACAUCCACAGGUGGGGAUGGGACAUGGACCUCCACUGGGACAUCUCCACUACAUGCAGUGAAGGAGACGGCCCGACAUCUACACACACCGGCUCAUCAACCCCAGAGGCCACUGCAGUUACCAGACGUGUUUCGCAAGCCACAGAACCCGCCGCAACAGGCGGAGCAGCAGACAGGCAAUCAGACGUCUGAGGCACAGGACCCACACCGUCCUCAGAACCAUCCGAAUGCAACAGAGGAGAAAAAUCCUGUUCACGAAAAAUAUGCACUCUACCAGUUGCUCCCACGUCGCACACUGCAGCCAGAUGACCCACGUGACUACACCUAUAACAGUCUUCCAGUGUGUCGUCUCCCAGACGACACACUGGGAGACGACACAGACGACACUCUGGGAGACGACACUCUGGGAGACGACACUCUGGGAGACGACACUCUGGGAGACGACACGCUGGGAGACGACACAUACGACACACUGGGAGACGACACACUGGGAGACGACACAGACGACACUCUGGGAGACGACACACUGGGAGACGACACUCUGGGAGACGACUCAGACGACACUCUGGGAGACGACACUCUGGGAGACGACUCAGACGACACUCUGGGAGACGACUCAGACGACACUCUGGGAGACGACUCAGACGACACUCUGGGAGACGACUCAGACGACACGCUGGGAGACGACUCAGACGACACGCUGGGAGAUGACACAGACGACACGCUGGGAGACGACUCAGACGACACUCUGGGAGACGACUCAGACGAAACUCUGGGAGGCGACUCAGACGACACUCUGGGAGGCGACUCAGACGACACUCUGGGAGACGACAUAGACAACAUUCUGGGAGACGACAUAGACGACACGCUGGAAGACGACUCAGACGACACGCUGGGAGAUGACACAGACGACACGCUGGAAGACGACAUAGACGACACGCUGGAAGACGACUCAGACGACACGCUGGGAGGCGACACACUGGGAGACGACACGCUGGGAGACGACACAGACGACACACUGGGAGACGACACAGACGACACGCUGGGAGGCGACACACUGGGAGACGACACGCUGGGAGACGACACAGACGACACACUGGGAGACGACACAGACGACACACUGGGAGACGACACAGACGACACACUGGGAGACGACACGCUGGGAGACACGUUGGGAGACGACACGCUGGGAGACGACACAUACGACACACUGGGAGACGACACGCUGGGAGACGACACAGACGACACACUGGGAGACGACACGCUGGGAGACGACACAGACGACACACUGGGAGGCGACACACUGGGAGACGACACACUGGGAGACGACACAGACGACACGCUGGGAGGCGACACACUGGGAGACGACACACUGGGAGACGACACAGACGACACACUGGGAGACGACACAGACGACACACUGGGAGACGACACAGACGACACACUGGGAGACGACACAGGCGACACCCUGGGAGACGACACGUUGGGAGACGACACAGAAGACACGUUGGGAGACGACACAGACAACACGUUGGGAGACGACACAGACGACACCCUGGGAGACGACACAGACAACACGUUGGGAGACGACACAGACAACACGUUGGGAGACGACACAGACGACACACUGGGAGACGACACAGACGACAUACUGGGAGACGACACAGACGACACACUGGGAGACGACACAGACGACACACUGGGAGACGACACGUUGGGAGACGACACAGACAACACGUUGGGAGACGACACAGACGACACGCUGGGAGACGACACAGGCGACACGCUGGGAGACGACACAGAUGACACGCUGGGAGACGAUACAGACGACACUCUGGGAGACGACACGCUGGGAGACGACACAGACGACACACUUGAAGACGACACAGACGACACGCUGGGAGACGACGCAGACGACACGCUGGGAGACGACGCAGACGACACGCUGGGAGACGACGCAGACGACACGCUGGGAGACGACACAUACGACACACUGGGAGACGACACGCUGCCAAACCCCCUGUUUAUGCAUGAAAAGCGAAAGAAUGGCUCCUAA